UAUAGUGUUUUAGUGUAGUUUUAGUAUGCAAAAUAUUUGUUUUUAUAGAAUAAAAAAAUAUUAUUGAGACUAUUAAUCUAUUUGGAGUGCAAAGUCCUUUUUGUUAGAUUUACAAUCUAUCUAAUAAUAAUUUUUAUAUUUUCUCACAAUCAAAUAUUACGUUGAACCCAUAAUUUGAUGGGGGGGGGGGAGGGGAUUGUUAGUAAUGCGGCUUAUCAGUCCCAUUGCUAACAAUAUACCCUAACAGGUCGUCCUCCCCGUUGAACCCUCUGGAAACCAUCGUGCUGUAUUCAUCACAAUGGGCUAACUGACCUGCCUUUUCAUCCUCAUCUAUCAUCCCUCACUGGUGUCACGCCAGUGUAUACCUACCGUUAGCGCAGGCGGGGUUAUUAUUCCAUUAUCAUUCAUUAAAAAAAAACCAUAAGUUGUUUAGCAUUUUGAGCAAAGAUUCACAUAUAAAUACCAGAUUAGUAUCUUUUAUUUACAGAACAUAAAGUAGAUAAAUUCAAAAGUGCAGGUCACGUUCAGGUUAAUGUAAUAUUUCUGCAUUAAUAAUAGUCUGUAGAUAUGUUUACUAAAACUCCUACAAGUAAAGUGAAAUUUCAAGAUCAACAAUUAGAUGACUAUGUUUUAGAGAACUCUGUCUUAAAGAGUAAACUUCAAAGUAAAAUAGAUGCUCUCUUGAUAAUGAGCAAAGAACUUGAUAAAUGUAGCAUGGAAAGAGAUAGAUAUAAAGUACUUGUUGAACAACUUAAGUGUAAGAAACUCAUUGUAAGCCACAAUGAAUGUAGUGACAAUGUAUACAGAUUCACUCCUACAAAUACUAUAAGUGGAGGUGAUAUGUUAGCCAAAACACGUGAUCACAACAAUAUGCUCAAAUUGGAGGUGGAAAUGUUACGUAGUAAACUGGAAGAAGCAACAGGUGACAUAGUAGCUUUGAGAAAACAACUACAGAAAAAAGAAUCAAUAUUAGAAGAAUAUAAUGAAAAUAAAAAAAUGUCUACUGCUUAUUCAUAUAAAGAUUAUGAGAAACUUGUACAAGAAUUGGAAAAAGUUAAAAAGAAGUAUCAACAAUUACAAUUGGAUUACCGAGCUACUUUAGAUGAAAAGGAAGAAUUGGUGUCAGACAGGGAUUAUUAUAAAAAUAAAGUGCAACGUUUGAACCAACAGAUUAGCUACAUAUUAUCCAACAGAGUGAAAGCGCAAUCUGAUAGAGAAAUAGAUCCACCAAAGCCCAUUAUAGAUAUUGAUGCUUUAGUCACUGAAAAUAAAUACCUACAUGAAAGAAUAACACAGCUGCAAGUUGAGAAAGAAAUUAUUAAGCGUACAUUAACUAAAUACAAGACAUUAUUAGACAACAGAAAUAAAAACGAUUCUCUCAAUUUAAAAAAGGGAUUUGCUGAUGUAAUGACUCAAAAACAAGUCCGUGAAUUUCUUGACAUUAACAGCAAGACUGGGUUAAAAAGAAGCUCUGCAGCAGAAUUAAAAUCACUGUGUCUUGGUCUAUUUGAAGCAUUAAAUGAUAAAUCCAUAGCCUUACAGCACCAGAGAAAAACUAACCAGAUUCUUGCAAAUCGAAUAACAGAGUUAGAAAAAACAUUAGAAAGUUGGUGUAAUGGUGAAAAAUAUAUUCCAAUAUUUCCAUCACAAAUGCUAUUAGAAGAGUUUGUCCCUGAUACAGGCUCCGUAAAAUCAGAUGAAGAUAAACACAAGCACUCAAAAUCACAGGAUAAUAUUGACAAUUCUAAAGAUAUACAUAGUAAUUCUGAUGGCGAUGAUGAAUUGAAUAAGGAUAGUGAAGAAUCAUCAGAUACCAGAUGUAAUGAUGAUGAAAAUAAAUGUCAAUUUAGUGGCGUCAGUAGAAAUUCUAAGACUAUUUUACCACAUGAAUUGGAAGAGUUGGUUAGAGAAGCACUGGCUGAGUUAAAACCGACUACUUAAUAUAAUGCACAAAACUCAAAUUUCGAAGUAAAUAGCUUUCGGACGGUUCUAUUUGCAAAUAACAGACCCUUAUAAUUUCAUUGCAUAUGAAAACAAAUUCGAUCGGAUCAAGAUCGAUAAUGAAACUGCAGAAUGAUUUUCAUACAUACUUAAUAAGUUUUUUCUCGCUAGAUACGAGUGUCCAAGACGUAAAUUAUUUUUUAUAGUAUUAACUGUGGUAUUAAUAUGUUAGUUCUAAUAUAUUAAAUUUUAUGUAAGAAAUCUCUUAUAUCUCGAUGCAUUCCAAAGAAUUUUCUAGUCUAAUAAAAUAUUAUCUAGUCAUAGUUUAUAUUACCGUUGUUACUGUAUAGAUAUAUGUUUUAAAUGAAUUUGCCAAAUAAAUAAUGCAAAUGUAA